AUGAUAGUUGAAAAUAACCAUCAAGAAAUUAAUGAGGCAUAUGACGUUAUAUACGAAGAAGUAAAAUUAGAAGAUUUCGAAUUUGACGAAACGAUUAAAACAUUUUUUUAUCCGUGCCCCUGCGGAGAUAUUUUUGAAGUAACUCUGGAAGGUAUUUUAAAGGGCGAAGAUGUUUUAAGAUGUCCAAGCUGCUCAUUAACCAUUAAAAUAAUAUACAGCCCGAACGACUUGAAAAAGUAUGCUUCGGAUGAGUAA